AUGCCCCAUUUCCCCAUGAAUACCGGAUUCUCGUCGAAGGAUUCGUCCAGCGACCAGCAACAACCGUCCGUUCAGGCCAAAAACCGUCGCAAGCGGUAUCUGGACUUGCAUCCAGAAUACUUCUCGGCGGAGCUCGAGCUAGCCGACCCCUUACUGUACGACCGCCUCAUCCGCCGAUUCCAGACACCCCAGGAAAGAGAAGCGCAGGGCCGCGCCCAGGGGUUCUCGGGGAUCCUGCAGGCGGAUAUGCAGCGUUCCGAGGCGAAAAUGGACGCGCUAUUGCACCCGGACCCAAACGCCAUGCUUAGCUACACUCGCGGCCCCAACGGGGAGAUCCUCGCCGAGGAUCGGGAUGAGAUUCCCGUGAGCAAGGAAGAGGGCGAGAAGCUGUGGCGGUGGGAGAUGGGGCUGCGAUUUAUGAGAGGUCUUGAUCCCGAUUUUGAUUAUACGGCUGUCGAUGAGAAUGAUGAAUACGACGAUUGGACCGAGCACCAGGACCGCUAUUUUGAGGACGAGGAGCCUGAGUGGGUUGUUGGUGAUGCGCGUGGCAAUGAGGCUCAGGCUGUGCUGCAAGGUGAAACGGGUGUUCAGGAUUUCUAA